AUGAGCUGUACCAACCUCGCGGGCGAUCUGGCACCGUUCUGCGAGCCGGCCAACAACACAGAAGUCGGGCCCGGUGACAAACUUAUCAUCCGCUGGGACCCGUCCUUCUUCGGCAACGCCAGCACGCUUGUGCAGAUACAGGCCGACUUUGGCCCGGCCGCGGGCGACGACCCGACGCCGCUCGCCGACGUGGGCUUCACGUCCAACUCGCUGCGCGCCGCGACCGGUUCCUACCAGUGGGUCGUUUCGGACUCCAUACUCAACUCCACCGCCGCCGACGCGGGCGGUAUCAGCGCUCAGCUCUAUAUCGUCGCCGCCGCCGCCGAUGGCGGCGUAGAGAACAGGACACUGGGACCGCUGGUGAGGGUGUUGCCCACGGAGUCCGGUGGUGGUGAGAGUGGCAGUGGUAGUGCCGGGCCGAAUCUGGUCGCAAUUAUUGUCCCUGUUGUGCUGGGGGUCUUGUUGCUGAUGGCUGUUGUCGGGUACUUGUUCAUGAAGAGGCGCAAUCCGGGGUGGAAGCUGAGAAGUGUUUUCGGUAUAGGGAAGGGCAUUGGGUAUGGCAGUAGGAAGAGCCGGGCUGAGAGGGCGAUCGAUACCGGCGGGGUGGCGGGUAAUGGGGUCCAGAUGGGCGACUUGGGAAUCAGUGGUCCAACGAGUGGGAGAAACGUGUUCAGGGAAGAAAUGAGGCGGCAGGAGGAGGCAAGGGUCUAG